UCCUUUUUUUUUCAUUUUCCUUUCUAUUGCAAACUUUACAGGGACGAGGUAUUCUAUAAUAUCAAUUACAUUUACGAAAAGUGUAAGCCAACACUAAACAUGUCAGCGUCAAAGCGCACCCCUUUUCAAGACAUCACCAACGGCCAGAAUCAAGAUCCUAAAGAGGCCAAAAGGCAGAGAAACCGAGAGUAUUAUGCAAAAAAUAAAGAUGAAAUUGCAAAACGACGACGCCAAGCACGAGAACUUAAAAAACAGGUUCCUUCAACGGAUGCAAACAUAAACGAUAACACAGUAUGUCAUACACCAGAUCCUCCACAAUCCGGAGUCAGCCAGCUGCAAUACAAAACACCAGACAUGGCUCCACUUGUUCAGCAUAACUAUGCAGACGGUUCACCAAACCAUAUAACUGCUGUUCUGGGCUGCAGUAAUGCUUCUCUUCAUCAAUCGUCAACAUCUACCUUGCAAUAUGAUGGCUGUGACUCGGAGGCAGCGGUUAGCUCGCCAACGAAAGAAUGCUGCAACUCGGACUGCUCUUAA